CAACGCGCCGACGAUUACAUGACGGAGAAAGAAAUCCAGUCCAACAUGGCAGAGUACGAGCAGAAGAUCAAACAGAUGACGGCCGAACUGAACGUGAAAAACGACAUCAUCCGUUCCCUCUCUCUAGACAUCAACUGUAUGAAUCAGGAGGUGAGGCCACGAGAUUAUGUGAUCAGCUUCACCAAGCGUCACCAGUCUAAAAGUGGGCGGUGCCUCAGUCCAACACAGGUCAACGACAACUCCAACAUGCAGCACAAACUGCCCCAGCAGGUUGGUCGCUUGUUGGUCCGAUGUUGGUCCAACAAAGGUCGUACGAUGUUGGGUCCAACAUAG